AUGUAUUUAUCGCUAGGGUUAAAAAUGGCAAAGAGAAACUAUCAAGAUGCGGUUCAAGCCUUGAAUUCUUUACAGUCGAACUAUGCGAAUAUUAUGGCUAUUAGAUUAUCCGGUGAUCGGAAGAACAUGAUGAAUAUUUGGGAGAUGCAGGAAUGGUCGCGUAGAAUUGGGUAUUCAGUUUCUGAUUUCAAUAGACUGAAUGUUGUGCAUAUUACUGGGACGAAGGGGAAGGGUUCUACGGCUGCUUUUACGCAAGGAAUUUUGAGUCAGUAUAGAGAUCAGAUCGGUGGGAAAAUUGGGUUGUACACCUCGCCUCACUUGAGGUCUGUGAGAGAGAGAAUCAGACUCAAUGGGGAGCCGAUUGACGAGGAAUUGUUUUCGAGGUACUUUUUCGAGGUUUGGGACAAGUUAGAAGAGACGAGUUCUGAUGAGACGAAGUUUCCCCAUAUGACUAAAGGUCAGAAGCCUGGGUACUUCAAAUACUUGACGUUGCUUUCUUUCCAUGUUUUCAUGCAAGAGGGAUGUAAGACUUGUAUAUACGAAGUGGGAGUUGGUGGUGAGUUUGAUAGCACGAAUAUUAUCGAGAAGCCUACCGUGUGUGGUGUGUCUGCGUUGGGGAUUGACCAUACCUUUAUGUUGGGUAACACAAUUGAAGAAAUUGCGUGGAACAAAGGUGGAAUUUUCAAGAAUGGAGCUCCUGCUUACACCGUUACAGGUCAACCACCUGAGGGUUUGAAAGUUUUAGAGGAGAGGGCAGUAGAACGUAACACGUCGUUGACACAAGUUCCUACGUUUAACCAACUCAAGUCAGUAAAACUUGGUAUUGCAGGUGAUUUCCAAGUUGUCAACGCAUCAUUAGCAGUAGCCCUUGCGCAUGAACACUUAAAUUCCAUUGGUGUCCUCAACGAACCAUUAAACCUCUCCGAGUCAGCCGAAAUUCCAGGCAAGUUCGUUAAAGGCUUGGAAACUACGAUCUGGGAAGGACGGUGCCAAACCAUCAAAAAUGGAAAUAUUACGUGGUACGUGGAUGGAGCUCAUACAAAGGAAAGUAUCACAGCUGCUAGUGGAUGGUUUAAGAAGACUGUAGAAGGUUCAGACAGAAAAAAAGUCUUGCUUUUUAACCAACAAUCCAGAGAUGCAAGGGCUUUACUCAGAUAUCUCUACGAGACCGUUAGUCCAGAGGUUCAUUUUGAUAUGGCGAUCUUUACCAAUAAUGUGACUUGGAAAAGCGGGGACUAUAGUGCAGAUCUUGUUUCACUGAAUACUUCCAAGGAACAAGUUGAAAAACUAGAAGUGCAGAAGAGUUUGCACCAAGAAUGGUCCUCUUUAGGCAGCGGCACUGCCGAGAAAAAUAUUAAAGUGACUUCAUCAAUUCAAGCUGCUUUCGAUGAAAUCAAGGCCAUCGAUGAACCUGUUGACGUUUUUGUAACAGGCUCUUUGCACCUUGUUGGUGGUUUCUUGGUCGUGAUGGAUAAAAACUUAUCUCAAUAA